GUCAUAGUAACGGGGGGGAGGUGGGUGUCACUUACUUGCAUGGGGGUGCUCCCGAGGCCGGGCCCCCCGGGCUGGAUGACUGCUUGGUGUUGGGGCUGACCUCUCAUGGCCCGGGGCUGCUCCUUGGGUUCCCCCCCCCCCACCCCUCCCUUAUUGUUCCCUUGUCAGGUGCCCCUAUCCGCCCUCCUUUCCAACAAACAAGGGACACUCUCCCGUCCAGGGACUGGCUGCAUUGCGGGCCCUGCGGGUUGGCAUGACACCAGUCUAAGAUAAGAUAGUAAGGCAAGGUAAAGUUAUUUUUUUUUUUUGAGUCAUGCAAAAUUCACAGUGAAAUUUGAUCAGCCUUGUCAAGAUAAAUAAGAUACAAUAAGAUAACUUAAUACAGUGGUGCUGUCGUUCAGAUCAUUUUGGGCUUUGAAUCGCCAGCAAAAAUCUUUGAUAUGAAUGCUGCAACAUGGCAGUGAACUCAACUUAUCUCACGCCACAGUAAGCAGCAGUUUGGCAUCGUGAAUAAAUGUAUUUUAUAGUGUGCUCUCAGUGUCUAUCAAAAAACACAUUGCAGAAAUUUGUGUUGCUUUUUUGGGCAGGCUGGAACAGAUCAAUGGCAUUUUCAUUCAUUUCAAUGGGGAAAGAUGAUUUGAGUUACGAGUGGGGUCACUGAAGGAAGUCAACUCGUAUCUCAAGACACUACUGUACAUCUAGAGUUCCAGGGAAGUGCUUGUCACAAUACAGCAGCAAAGAGCCAACAUUGUAACGCAAUCGGGGAAUCCCACAGAGAUCAAUCAGUACCAUGAGAACGAGUUAUCGCGUGGCUCGUGGCUGCGGCAACGGCCCCCGGGGAUGCAGAGCGUAUCAUUGCAGCUGUUCAUGCCGGCAAGGUCACGGAGAGAACUCUGCGCCGGAGUGACCUGCUUCCAUUGCUGGACCUCUUUUUCGGGCAUGCACACCAGCAUCAGCGAGAUCCUGAAGGAGAAGAGCCUGAAGCCGUCCCGCCGCAGUCUGCCCUGCCUGGUCCAGAGUCAGACCCAUCCCAUCAACCUCAACCACUUCCUGUCUGUACCUUUGAGCCCGAACCCCAAAGCCCAAGUGGAGGUUCUGAGUCAGAGCAUCAGCACCUCCUGCAGCCUCCUGCCGCCACAGACAGCAGAGAACAGCAAGGAUGACUACACGGAGGAGUCUGAAACAAGAGCAUGGGAAACCAGAAUAGACGGAUCACUUCUGCCACGAAAACCUAGCACACGGGCUAAACUUGAGGCCCGCACAGAGUCCCUCAAGGGAAGGAAUCCGUCAGCUGCAUCUGGACUGUUCUUCCGCGAUGGAAAGAAACGCAUCGACUACAUCCUGGUUUACAAGAAGUCCAGCCCGCUGGUGGAGAAGAGGUGCACCUUUGAGAAGAAUUUACGCGCUCAGGGCUUAAUGCUGGAAAAGGAGCCUUCCUUGACGAACAAUGACAUCAUGUUCGUCAAAAUCCACACUCCCUGGGACACACUUUGCAAAUAUGCAGAACAGAUGAACAUCCGGAUGCCUUUCAGGAAAAAAUCCCACUUUACAGACUGGAAAAGAAAAACCUGGGGCAGCCGCUUUCAUCUGAGAUGUCGUCAGAUAAAGAGCUGGCUUCCCAGAAAUCCCAUGAAGCUGGACAAAGCGGCGUUGCCUGACCUGGAGGAGACCGACUGCUACACUGCCCCCUUCAGUCGGGCACGCGUGCAUCACUUCACUAUCAACAACAGAGAGACAUUCUUCUCCAACUCCACCAGAAGCAGAAUAGUCCACCAUGUCCUACAGCGCACUAAAUAUGAAGACGGAAAAUUAAAAAUGGGUAUCAACCGGUUAUUGGGCAACAACACAUAUGAGGCUGCCUUUCCUCCACAUGAGGGUGGAUACAAAAGCAGACAUCCCAUUAAGACGCACGGUGCCCAGAACCACAGGCACCUGCUUUAUGAGCGCUGGGCUCGCUGGGGAAUGUGGUACAAGUACCAGCCUCUGGACCUCAUCAGGCGUUACUUCGGAGAGAAAAUCGGUCUUUACUUUGCGUGGUUGGGCUGGUACACGGGCAUGUUGAUCCCCGCUGCUCUGGUUGGCGUGUUUGUCUUCCUUUACGGACUCUUCACCAUGGACUCCAGCCAAGUCAGCAAAGAAAUUUGUGAAGCAAACACAACCAUUAUGUGUCCAAUGUGUGAGGAGACCUGUAAGCCGUGGACGCUGAGUGACAGCUGUGUCUAUGCAAAGGUGACCCAUCUGUUUGACAACGGUGGCACUGUUUUCUUCGCCAUCUUCAUGGCUAUUUGGGCCACUGUCUUCCUGGAGUUCUGGAAGAGGAGGAGGGCCGAACUGACUUACGACUGGGAUCUCAUUGACUGGGAGGAGGAGGAGGAGGAGCUGCGGCCUCAGUUUGAAGCCAAAUAUUCUAGAAUGGAGAGAAUCAAUCCCAUAUCUGGCAAGCCCGAGCCUUUCCAGCCUUUAUCAGACAAACUCAGCCGGCUCAUGGUGUCUGUGUCUGGAAUCUUCUUCAUGAUUUCCCUGGUCCUGACAGCCGUGUUUGCCGUGGUGGUUUUCCGUCUCAUUGCCAUGGAGAAGUUUGCCUCCUUCAACUGGCAUUUUGUGAAGAAGAACUGGCAGUUUGCCACCUCUGGCACUGGUGUCUGCAUCAACUUCAUGAUCAUCAUGUCUCUCAACGUGGUGUAUGAAAAGGUGGCCUAUCUGCUGACAAAUUUAGAGCAUCCAAGGACAGAGUCUGAGUGGGAGAACAGUUUUGCUCUCAAGAUGUUCCUCUUCCAGUUUGUAAAUUUGAACAGUUCCACAUUCUACAUUGCAUUCUUCCUGGGAAGGUUUGCUGGAAGACCUGGAAAAUACAAUAAACUUUUUAAUCGGUGGCGACUGGAGGAGUGUCACCCUAGUGGCUGCUUGAUUGAUCUGUGCCUGCAAAUGGGUGUCAUCAUGUUUUUCAAACAAAUCUGGAAUAACUUCAUGGAACUCGGUUUUCCGUUGCUGCAGAACUGGUGGUCUCGCCGGAAGAUGAAGAAAGUGGGUGGCGCCGGAGGACAGAAUGUGGAGAGUAAAAGUCAGCUACCUCAGUGGGAUAAAGACUGGAAUCUGCAGCCCAUGAAUGCACACGGCCUCGUGGACGAGUACCUUGAAAUGGUCCUCCAGUUUGGCUUCACCACCAUCUUCGUAGCUGCCUUCCCGCUGGCUCCGCUCCUGGCUCUGCUCAACAACAUCAUCGAGAUCCGCCUUGACGCCUACAAGUUUGUCACCCAGUGGAGGAGACCCAUGCCUGCCCGGGCCACAGACAUUGGUAUCUGGCACGGGAUCCUUGAAGGUAUCGGCGUGCUCGCUGUUAUCACCAACGCCUUUGUCAUCGCCAUCACUUCUGACUACAUCCCUCGCUUUGUAUAUGCCUUCAAAUAUGGCCCCUGCAUGGACAGGGCAUACCGUCAUGACGAUGAGUGUUUGCGAGGCUACAUGAACAGCAGCUUGUCUGUGUUCGACAUGAGCGUGCUGAAGAACAGCAGUGAGUCCGAAUACUGCAGGUACCGAGACUACAGAGCCCCACCGUGGAACGCGGUGCCGUACGAGUUCACGCUGCAGUUCUGGCACGUCCUGGCUGCCAGACUGGCCUUCAUCAUUGUCUUUGAGCACCUGGUGUUUGGCAUCAAAUCCUUCAUUGCAUACCUCAUUCCGGACAUGCCCAAGGACCUUUGUGACCGAAUGCGCAGGGAAAAGUACCUCAUGCAGGAGAUGAUGUAUGAGGCGGAGCUGGAGCACCUGCAGAAGGAGCGCAAGAAGAACGGACUGCGUUAUCACCACGAGUGGCCUUAACUUUUUACCCCUCACGUCUUCACCAAACGCCACGCAGCCCUCCACUCCCGCUUGCCUGCUUCUUUCUGGAGUUUAACGUUCAGCAGAUUCACCAAAGACUUCCCAUGUGACACCUCCGACCCCCCCACCUCUCCAAAGCUGCUUCACCGUGAACACUCCGUCCCUCGCCAUCUGUUGCGGAGUUGGCAGCACGCUUGUGUUCCGAUGCCCUCCUCGAUCCAUCGCCUGGCUUCCUGCAGUAGCAUCUACCCCCCUCUGCUGUGUAUCAUGGCCUCAGUGCUGUUUCACCACUGUAAUGUUUACUAUGCAGAUGAAGGGCUGCAGCGGUUCACUUUGUCAGCCAUCUUGCACUCUCUCUUUCUGUGUGGCAGCUAGCACUUCGUCUGCUUGGACUCGCCAGCCUCGUGCGGUGCGCUGCAUGUUUUCAGUUUUCUCGCCGAGCAUCAGCAAAACCACGGUGGUUCCAGCUCAUUUCGUGGCGGAGUUCCAAAUAGAACGGACAACGUUCCUGCAAAGUGACUGUAUAUCGCCCUCGAAGCAUGCUGAAUUCUCUUUAUGGCAAGAUGUAAAACAACAGCACUCAUCACGGAGAAUUGUCAAAAGCAGCUUAGAAAGUGCAUGGUAGUGUUGUUGCUGUGUCCUUUCUUGGUGCCUGGUUUGUGUGCGUGUGUGCGUUUGUUUGUCGUGCUACUGCUGAGCUUGACUGCCUUGCGUUCGCAGGAUGUGAACUUUUCGCGAUAUGAUUGUGCCUACAGUUGUGCGCCGACAUCACGUGUGCCUGUUUGUGCUGCACGUGCGUUUUCAAGUGCAACAAGUCCUCUCUCUCUCUUAACUUGUUCUGCUGAAGAACCUUCUAGACUCUGCCGACUGGGUUUAUUUUGGACGUGAGUCACACACACUUAGGUACCUAGUGCGAUCCACUGGCUCUAAAACAACAGCGUCUGUCGUAACGUAACUCCCAUUAUGUGCGACGUAUGCACCCAGGAGCCGCAAAUCUGCUUUUCCCCCUUUCUACGCCCGUGGCCUGUUUUUCAUUUGUUAUUGGAAGGGAUGAAGCAUGGUUGAAACUUGGAUCACUUGGACAUACCUGUGGCUUGGAUGUUCACUGCACAAAGAACAUCGAUCCACCGUUGUUCACUCGCCCCAAAAAAGCACUUCCACAUUCAUUUUCCAGCAAAGAAUCCCGGCCAGCUACGAUUUUAGCUCCGUUGUGAUGUUAAUUGUUCUGACGUUUCAACAUUUGGUUGCUUCAAAGGAAAGCCGCCUGUCAUUGUCUUUGCCCAACCACAGCAACAACAACAACAACAACCAAAACAGGAGUUACACAUUUUGAAGCAAGACUAAAAGCGCUCCAGAUUACAAACAAAAAUAUAUUGCCUAAAUUCCAGUCAGAAUAUGUCAAUAUACUCACAAGAUUGUCUAAAUGCUAGUAAAACAGUCAACAGUGUGUCCAUAUAGAUAGUCCGCUCCAUCGAAACACGAAAGAACAGAUGAUUCAAGACAUUUUGAAGGGAAAUGAACCACAAUUUCAAAUCCGGCCUCGCCUGUGUGGAGCUUGCGUGUUCUCCCCGUGCCUGCGUGGGUUUUCUCCGGGUACUCUGGUUUCCUCCCACAUCCGAUAAACAUGCAUUGUAGGUUAAUUAAAGACUCUUAAAUUGUUCAGGGUGUACCCCGCCUCCCGUCUGAAGAUAUCUGGGAGAGGCACCAGCGACCCUAGUGAGGAUAAGCGGUACGAAAAAUGGAUGGAUGGAUGUUACAUUUACAAAAGCAAACGGGAUAAAAAGAAAAUAAUAGAUACUAUGUCAGUAUUGUUGGGAAAAAUAAUUUGUACUGUUGAUUUUUGACAUUAAAUAAUCCAAUGAUGUUGCUGUUCUACUGUAUGUACAUAUAUUUCAUGACGUAUUGGUUAAUUUUCCUGUUAUUUUGUUUUUAUUUGUACUCACCCUCAGAUGUCCUGUCUGCAUUUCUCAGGUGUCCUCUGAACGACCGCUAAUGAUCAACUUUCCAAUCAUAUUUUCUACAAUACAAUCAAUUGGUGCAUAUGCAAAGAUGCACCCACUAAAAGCACGCUUUUGUUUUUGUUUUGUGUUGUUUGUCUUAGUAGAUAAAUCUUAAGCAUAUUCCACUUUAAAAAAAAAACAACAACAGCAACAAAGAUUGCGUUCAUGCUGUUCUAACCGAUAAUGUCAUUUUAAAGUCAUUUGUAUUCACUCGAGGGAGACUAAUCGUUAGGGAGCUAGUCCAGGUUACCUGCUAUGUGAACAUCGAAAAUCUAUGCAUGUUGUAAUCCUUGUACAGUCCAGUUUGCAUGAUUUAGUGCCUCCUUUGAGCAGCACUUACAUCAGUAAGUUUGUCUUCAACAUAUCGCAAACACAUUUUUUCCAGACUGAGUAUUUUAGGAAGCCUAGACAAAAUGUAAUUUAGGUGGAGGGACAGAAUUUUAUACAGUGCCGCUAUUUUCUAGAUUUAAAAAAAAAACAAGAGAAUUUAUUAAAUCUGUUCAAAGAUGAGUCUUAGAAAUGUAGACCCAGCUUGACAGAGUUGUUUGAAUUGGAAUUCUGUUACCCCCUAAGCUGUCAUGGAUGAGCUCCGUCACACAAGUAUGAAGUCGGCACAGCGACAAUAGCACAAUGUGGGCAUUGUAAUGAUUAGUAAUAACAGCAUGACAUUGCACUCUCUGAAAAGAGUGGAAUUUACUUGAGCAAGUUUUUACUUUUUAAUGAGCGACAGGAUGUGACAUGAAGUGUAUUAGUAACAUGGUUUACUUCGUUCUUGUUUACAUGUAAAAAAAAAAACAAUAUAUAUUGAAAUGUAUAAAAACAAUGUAUCAUAAGAUAAUUUGGAUAUCCCUCUUUUCUGUAAUAAACCAUGGAUUGUAUCUUUUAAAUUGGAA